UCCUGCUGGAGGACUCGUGCUUGCGCGGGGUGAGCGCUUGCUCGUUAUUUAUUUGUUUACUCGCGUGCAAACCUUUAAGUUGGACGGAGUGCGAGCCCACACCUCUCCGGGCUGGAAAUACAACGGGGCCGACCAUGAACGAGUGGGAGCCUAUUGCAAAAGAAUAUGAUCCCCUCAAAGCCGGAAGCAUCGAUGGCACCGAUGAGGAACCCCACGACCGCGCCGUGCGGAGGGCCAUGCUGGCACGGUACGUCCCCAGCAAAGGCGUCUCGGGGGAUCCUCACCUCACCCUGUUUGUCGCCCGGCUCAGCUUGCAAACCACAGAAGAGAAGUUAAAGGACGUCUUCUCCCGAUACGGAGAAAUCCGGAAGCUCCGGCUGGUCCGAGACCUCGUCACCGGGUUCUCCAAGGGCUACGCGUUCGUCGAGUACAAAGAAGAGCGGGCCCUCAUGAAAGCCCACAGAGACGCCAACAGGCUGGUGAUCGACCAGCGGGAGAUCUUUGUCGACUUCGAGCUGGAAAGGACCCUUAAAGGGUGGAUCCCUCGGCGACUUGGGGGCGGCUUCGGGGGGAAAAAAGAGUCCGGCCAGCUCCGCUUCGGAGGCAGGGACAGACCUUUCCGGAAGCCCAUCAGUUUACCGGCUGGGAAAACGGACUUCUCUUACAGAGAGGGGUCGGCGGAAAAGAGAGACCGGGCUUGGUCCAGAGAAAGGGCCUGGGACUGGAAAGGGAGGGAACGGGACAGCGGGAGGAGCAGAGAGCAGCGGAGGCGAGGAUGGGGUGACCGGCCCAGCGGUGACCGGCCCAGCGGCCGAGAGGAAAGGAGCAGAGGGAGAGAUGGGCGGGACAGAGAGAAGAGAGACCGGAGCAGAGAUCGGAGCUCGAAAAAACAAAGAGAUGAAGACAGGCCAUGAUGGGACGGGGUUUGACCACAGAACCUCCAGAGAUUGUGGGAAAGCCUAGCUCCGGCCUCCAGAACAAACUUCCGCCAACAUCUGGGUAACUUAUUUCUCAGCUCCUGGCCCAUAAAACGGCGCUGGCCUCUCUCCACUCAAGACCUGGCCUUGUUCCGCCAUCCAUGUACCGUGUCGCAGAUUUAGCUUAAACAUUUUCGACCAUUCUGGGCUUUAGUUCUUUUAUACUCGUGCGGCCCCUACGCUGGGCACCUUUAAGAAACAACUUAAAACAUGGAUGUAUACUCAGGCUUUCUCUCGUGUCAACACCUAACUUUCCUUUAUUCUUUUUCUGUUUAUUAUUUCUUUUAGUAUUGUAUUUCUUAUGGGUUGUCUACCUCA